AUGGCAAAGUUUGAGAAUGGUACAACAGCAGAGCCACCCAUUCUCAUACGUAUCAUCGUAGAAGACGAAAAUGACAACGAUCCAGUAUUUCCCGAAAAACAAGAAGGAGCUGUCAGUGAAUUAAGCCAGUCAGACACAUUUGUGAUGAAAAUUUAUGCCAAAGACGCUGAUGAUCCACAGACUGCCAACGGUCAGGUAACCUACAGUAUCCUUGAACAGAUCCCAGAUGGCAGAUCUAUGUUCUCCAUCAAGGAAACAGGCGAGAUUUACGUCCAACAAAGGACUCUAGACAGAGAAACGCAUUCUUCCUAUUUGUUGAAAGUUAAAGGCACUGACAUGAAGGGGGAGAAGGGUUGCAGAACUGGUACAGGAACUGUUACUAUCAACAUCCUGGAUGUCAAUGACAAUGUUCCCACACUGGAUAAAUCUCACUACGAGGAAAGUGUUAUGGAGAACACAACUAAAGUGGAGGUGCUACGCAUCAAAGCCAAGGACCUCGACUUAAUAAACACCGACAACUGGCACACAGUUUUCUCGAUCUUUUCAGGAAACGAAGCAGGUUACUUCGCAAUCACAACGGACGAAAAGACCAACGAGGGAGUUGUAACAGUGAUCCAGUCCCUUGAUUAUGAAAAGGUGAAAGAGGUCAACCUCAAGGUUGCCAUGCGCAACAAAGCAGCCUACCACUCAAGCGUUGUCUCGGCACCAGGCGACUCCAUCUACUCCAUCAAGAUAAAAGUGAAGAACAAGGGGCCCAUGUUCAUUCCAGCAACAAAAGUCAUCUCUGUCUCUGAGAACAGCAAGGUGGUGUCCACACAAACCGUCAUCGACACUUAUGCGGCCAUCGAUGGAGACACCCUAGUGACUGCUAAAAACGUCUGGUAUGCCAAAUUAAAUGACCCAGCCAACUGGCUGAUAAUUGAUGAAAAGACUGCGGAGAUUAAACUAAACCAAAUACCAGAUCGGGAAUCCGAGUACGUGAUUAAUGGAAAUUACACAGUAAAGAUAAUAUGCCAGAAAAAUGAUAUCCCAGCAAAAACCGCCACUGGGACGAUUGUCUUGGUGGUAGAGGACGUCAAUGACAAUUGCCCCACACUCACCAACCCGAACCAGAUCGUCUGCAGCUCCCACACAGCCCUGCCCGUCUCGGCCAAGGAUAGGGACGCUGACCCUAACGGUCCCCCCUUCCGCUUCCGGGUCGUACCUGAAGGCACAAAGCAGUGGACUGUUGAACCUGCCAAUAACAGCACCAGUGUGAUCCUGAGAGCCAAUCAGAAGCUGUGGCCCGGGUGGUACAAGGUGCAGUUAGACGUGUGGGACCAGCAGGGCAAGGCCUGUGACAAGCCGCAGGUGCUGAAGGUGGAAGUGUGCACCUGUGAGGGGGAGAAGACCUGUAAUAGGAUUGUGCCUUCAGCCACUUUCGGGGUUCUAGGGCUGGGCACCCUGCUGCUGGCUCUGCUGCUGCUUCUGUUGCCUUUGCUAGAGCAGCCACUCCAAUUCUUCUACCCUCCUUUCCUGUCCAGCCCUCCACAUACUUCCUACCGGGAUGAGUUGCGGAUAUACAAGGAUGAGGGUCAAGAAUCUCCAAUCAGUAUGGGAUCAGUCUUGUGCAGAGGCUGCGAAGACAGAAAUUACUUCGAAGAGGCCGACAACAACCUGGACUUCCUCAACAACCUGGGCCCCAGAUUCGAAACAUUGGCGGAGAUCUGCAUGGGAUCGGCGAUAAAGAUCGACUCAGUCUACACCACUGCCCCUGUCCUGCUCUACACCACUGCCCCUGUCCUGCCGACCACCCGCUACAUCAGCACCCUGCUGCUGACUGACAGGCCGGUGAGCGCCCAGGGUGUGUACGUGGUGAACGAGGCUCUGCGUGUGGGGGAGAUGGUGAUCCUCAGGUAG